AUGAGUCCCAACGCCAACGAGAUCACUGUUACUCUGCGACAAAUCGCCAAGAUGAUCGACCACUCUCUUCUGCACCCCACCAUGACAGACGCCGACAUUCUUCAAGGCCUUUCCAUCGCCAAAAAGUACGGCGUCGCUACAGCUUGCGUCAAGCCAUAUGCAAUCUCCAUUGCUAAGCAGGAGCUUCAGGGAAGUGAUGUCUUGAUCUGUCCUGUCAUUGGCUUCCCUCAUGGAAACAGCAGCACUGCCGUCAAAGUCUUCGAAGCCGAUGUCGCUACCGUUGUUGGCGGCAAUGAGAUCGACAUGGUCAUCAAUAUCGGCAAGGCGCUCGGCGGUGACUGGAAGUACGUGGCUGAUGAGAUUCGUCAAGUCAACGAUGUCGUUGUCAAGCGUGGAGCUAUUCUUUACAAAGGUGCUACUAUUCCUCAUCUGAAACUCAUGGUAGAGGAAUCUGGCAAGGAUGUCCAGGUUAAGGCUGCUGGAGGUGUUCGCACCCUUGACGAUUUGCUGCAUGUUAUGUCGCUGGGCGUGACACGUAUUGGCGCUACAGCUACUGUUGCGAUUAUGGAGGAAGCGGUUAAGAGGGGAAUCACUGACCAGCCUUUUGUAGUUACUUUCAAGCCUAUGGCUAAUAGCUCUUGUGACGUCGAGCGUCCAUGCACCCUAUGCUCACGAGCAAAUACCGAAUGCAUCGCAUCUGGAAGUGCCAGAUGGAGACCCUAUCACGGAGCUCCAGAGCAAGCCGCGGCAGCGAAAAUUUCAGUCAAAACUGAACCAGAAACUACUGUUGGAUCAGGUUUAGAAUCAGCUUGGAAUUCCAGCUCGACUGUGAAGCUCGUUGAAGAGGCUUUUCAGCAGCAUGACUCUGCCUCACCUAAAGGCGUUGAAUUCUCCGCUCUGAGAUCCGAGACUUGGACUCAAUCUGAAGCCACUGCAGAAAACUUCACCAAGAAUAUUAUCGAGACAAAUGUCACUGAGCGGCCUAAGGACAUCCAGUCACAGCAAAACAAUAUCAGGUCCAAGUUUUCCGCUGCCGAGAAAGAGCUCAUGUCCUUGUUACCCGAUAUAGGGCCUGCGACACUCUUGGUUGACAACUAUUUUGAUCGGAUUCACUGGUUCAUAUUGGUCUUUCACCAAGACGAUUUCAGAAGCAAGUUCCAGGAUCUUUAUGAUCAUACCACGUUUCCCUCCGGUCCAAACGCUUCAUCGAGAGGUAUAGGCUUUAUAGCUGUUCUCUUGGCUGUUUUCGCGACCAGCUUGCAUCACAUCGGUGCGCAAGAAAGCAAGCUAAAGUCUUACAAUAUUGAUCCGGAACAACUGAAAACCCGGAUCCUAGAUUCACUUAAAUCCAGGUUCUUGGAUAUAGUAUCAAGAGGUUCUCUUGAGGCAGUGCAACUCUGUGUUCUGCUGGCAAGCUAUUACCUGUACAACGGCGAGCCUGGCAUGGCUUGGCCACUGUCUGGCUCUGGAUUACGUAUCGCUCAAGCACUCAACCUCCAUCGGAAGAUGUCACCUGGAGAUCCAAACGAUCAGGCUCUGAAACAGCAGAUACAAGACCGGAAGCGGGCCUGGUGGGCUGUCUAUGAGAUCGACACUUUCUGCUCAAUGCUCUAUGGAUUUCCCCUAGGCUUUUCCGAUAGCGAUUGCAAUGUCGAUCUCCUGGAUUCGUAUGAUGAGUACUCUGGCUCAACCAAGGAUUCACGCCACCCGAGGGGUCCGUCGUUGUUGUUCUACAAGUGCUUCAUGUCGAUGCUGUCGGUUAUUAUCAAGUCCGCGUUAUUUGAGUUGUACGGCACUCGGCACGGCGAUCGGAAAAGAGCAGACAAUUUGAACGCACUUUUCAAUAAGGUUACGACUUUGGACGGGCGUCUCCAAGAGUGGCGUAGAAAGCUACACCGGAAGCUCAUAUUUGAUGGUUAUGGCCCAUCAUCGGGGUUUCAGGCCCCGCAUGGCCGUGAAAGAACUAAACGAGAAUUCGAAAACUACCUGUUCCGCCUGCAAGCGCUUUCCCUCGAGCUGGCGUACGAGAAUGCGAAGAUCUUGAUCCAUAGGCCUCUUCUAUCGUUCAAAAAGGCUAGCGCCACUUCGACAGACACCUUCAUUUCAAUGAUUAACCCAUUUCGGACGGCGUUGGAACAGUGUAGGCAAGCUGCACUGCAGAUAUCAAGAGUUGCUUCGACUCCAUACCUCUUGGAGGCAUCUGAGACUUACGCUAUAUCUGUAGUAUCGUUGCACCUCUUGACGGCAGGCGUGACACUGUGUAUCUCCAUAACCCUUGAUCCCUUGGCCUCUGACUCGGCUCAGGCAAUAUCCAGCAUACGGCAGCUGAUGCAGGUACAGAACCUUCUCAAGGAUAAGUCAAUUGUUGCCGCACAGAGUCUGGAUAUCACGAAAAGAUUGGCGAGUCUAGCGAUGACAAAAACAGGCAAUGAGAGCAUAACUGAUACACUAAGCAUGAACUUCGCAGAUCAAGACAUGAUCAUCUCCGCUGACACUUCACUAAACGACACCCUCGUGGACUAUGAGCAAGCGGCCAGUCGUCUAUUCACUGGAGAUAUGACAUAUGAUCCAAGCGACUCAAUUCUGGACAACCCGUUCUUGGAACAGAAUCAAGGCUGGAUAUGGAGUUGGAACUUUCUGGAAUAG